AUGUUUUUAAAAAACUUUUUGCUAAGAUUUGUCUUAUUAAUUCUGAUUUAUUUGAAGUUUGUGGGAUCUCAAAACUGCACGAAGUUUUCUAUUAACUACAACAUCGCCAAAGAAAUCGUGUCAAAUCGUCAUUCAUAUGAAUUAAAUUUACAAUCAAGUGGAUUUGUAAUGAAAGAAGGUGACAUCGGUUACACCGAAACAGGAACUACUUCCCCCAGAAGUGGGAAAGCUAACAGUGACGCGGAACAUGUAACAGCGUUUGAGACACUCAUACGCGAUCAAACUGAUGAUGAUUUCAGCUCUCUUGUAGAGUAUGAAGACUGUUUAUUAGGGAGAAGAUCAAACCUGACCUCUCAUCCAAAAUAUCGUUCUAUAAAUGGAUAUGGAAAUAAUUUGAAGAAUCCCUAUUGGGGUUCCAGUGGCGUUUCAUUUGGUCGUUUCGCUCCUAAAGCUUAUGAUGAUGGAAUUCAUUCUAUUAGAAAAAGUGUGACGGGAAGAGAAUUGCCGAGUCCGAGAAAACUCGUGACAGAUGUUUUGUUGAAAGCUGAAAAAGCAAAUCCACCAUCUCGGACUCCAAAUAUGCUCCUCAAUUUGAUCUUUCUUUAUUUAACUCAUGACAUGGCAUUUCAAGCUCCUGUUGAAGGAAUAAAUGGAGAAAAUAUCAGAUGUUGUUCAAAGGAUAAUAAAAAUGUUUUAUCAUCGGAUUUCUUAAAUUCGGCUUGUCUUCCGAUUUCAGUUCCCCAUGACGAUCCAUUUUAUAUGACGAAAAAUGUCAGAUGUUUGAACAUGAUUCGUGCUCAACAAUCUACAACUCCUUACACUCUUCAAUCUGGUGAGAUUCUCAACAAGGCAACCUCAUUUAUAGAUCAUUCAGCCAUUUAUGGUACUGAAGAAUCUGACACAAACAAAAUCAGAACUUUCUCUAAUGGAAAGCUGAGAAUCCCUUCAAAUAAAGUCUUGCCAACUGAUAAAAAUGGAAAUUAUGUGGGAAGCAGUUUGAGGUUGGCAGUUGCACCAAUUGGUGCUGUCUGGCCAGCACUUUUUGCAAGGAACCACAAUUACUUGGCUGAGGGCUUAGCUGGUGUCAAUCCACAAUGGGACGAUGAAAGAAUUUUCCAAGAAGCUCGGAGAACAAAUAUUGCAAUUUUCCAAUCUGGAAUAUUUACAGGUCUGGGAAUUAUUUUCAAAAAACGGAAUGACGAAACUUAUUAUAAUGAAGCUGUUAAUCCAUCGAUUUCUCUUGAGUUCUCGGGUUCUUAUCGCUUAGGUCAUUUUUAUCUUCAAGACAACAUGUGGUUGGUUGAUGUUAAUGAUCCACAAAAAAUUGAAAAAAUUUUACAUUCUGAUGCGUUAGGACGAAUCGAUUUAUUCGAAAAUAAUUUUGACGAGACUAUUCGUGGUGUUUUGUUGCAACCGCUUAAUUUUAAUCAGUUUUCUGAUGAGAUUAUCAAUAAAUAUGUAAAGAAUGAAGAUGGAAUGGGACUUGAUCUUUUAUCCAUUGAUAUUCAACGAGGUCGAGAUCAUGGACACCCAACGUUUCUUGAUGCGAGAAGAAAAUGUGGAUUCAAUGCUGACUUCAAAUCAUUCGAUGACUUGAUUGCAAUUUUCCCUCAGAAAAAUGUUGAUUUGUUGAAAGCAAUUUAUGAUGACGUUGACGACAUUGAUCUUCAUGUUGGUGCAUUCUUGGAAACGUUUUCAUUAUUUACCACUGUUCUUGUGGGUGAAACUUAUGGAUGCAUUAUUGGGGAACAGUACCGAAGAACAAUGGGAGGUGAUGCCUACUUUUACAAGCACAAAACAAGUCCUUAUCCAUUCACAGAAGCCCAGAUAAAUGCGAUUGAAUCUUUUUCAUUUCAUCAUGUAAUCUGUAAGAACACCAAUGAAAAGAGUGUCCCAAGAGAUUGGUCCUUGUUUGAGAGUGCACAGAACCCACAAAUUCCAUGCGAUAAUUUAUCUUUUAAUUUCCUGCCAUGGAAAUGAAAAAAUUGUGAUUGAAGGCACAUUGACGUCAUUGAAUCAAUCAAGUGUGAAAUAAAAUAAACAUCGAAA